AUGAGACCGGAAGGCGCAGCGCGGCUGGCGUGUCUGCUCCUGCUCGCCGCCGCGGCCGCGGGGCACGGCGGCGUGCAGCCGCUGUCGCGCAUCGCCAUCCACCGCGCCCGCGUCGCGCUGGACGCGGCCGCCGCGGUGCGGGCCUCGCCGGAGCUGCUGGGAACCAAGGGCGAAGAUACUGCCUGGGUGAACGUUGAUUUUGUUAUUCCCCAUCCAAGUGAUGAUGAUUGGAUUGGCGUAUUUUCUCCUUCAAACUUCAACGCAUCCACAUGCCCUGGUUCUCACGGAUCUGGCCCAGGUCCUGUGAUAUGCUCAGCACCAAUAAAGUAUCAGGUUACAAAUUAUUCAUCAGAUUAUGGCAAGUCCGGGAAAGGGGCACUGAAGUUUCAGCUGAUCAACCAGCGGCAAGACUUUUCAUUUGCAUUGUUCACUGGAGGGCUCUCGAAUCCGAAACUUAUUGCAGUAUCAAAUGCUAUUGCUUUUGCAAACCCAAAGGCUCCAGUUUAUCCACGCCUAGCGCAAGGAAAAUCCUGGAACGAGAUGACUGUAACAUGGACAAGUGGCUAUGAUAUCAAUGAGGCAUAUCCCUUUGUCGAAUGGGGAAUAGAAUGGAGCCCCCCGGUACGCACUGCAGCUGGCACUGUCACUUUUGAUCGUGAUAGCAUCUGCGGAGAUCCUGCUCGUUCUGUAGGUUGGAGAGAUCCUGGUUUCAUACACACAGCUUUUCUAACAGACUUGUGGCCAAAUAAAGAGUACUACUACAAAAUUGGGCAUAUGCUGCCAGAUGGAAGUGUUGUUUGGGGCAAAUUAUCUUCCUUCAAAGCACCUCCUUAUCCUGGUCAGAAGUCACUGCAGCGUGUUGUUAUUUUCGGAGAUAUGGGAAAGGCCGAGAGGGAUGGAAGCAACGAAUACGCCAACUACCAGCCUGGGUCACUUAACACUACUGAUACACUAAUCAAGGACCUUGACAACAUAGACAUAGUGUUCCACAUUGGCGACAUUACCUACGCCAAUGGGUACAUUUCACAAUGGGAUCAGUUCACACAACAAGUGGAAGAGAUCACUUCACGAGUCCCUUACAUGAUUGCGAGUGGGAAUCAUGAACGAGAUUGGCCCAACAGUGGGUCAUACUUCAAUGGAACAGACUCUGGAGGGGAGUGUGGUGUGUUAGCUGAGACCAUGUACUAUACGCCUACAGAAAACAGAGCAAACUACUGGUACUCCACAGAUUAUGGCAUGUUCCGGUUCUGCGUUGCGGACAGCGAGCACGACUGGCGGGAAGGCACGGAGCAGUACAAGUUCAUCGAGAACUGCCUCGCCACGGUCGACCGGAAGAAACAGCCGUGGCUGAUAUUCAUCGCUCAUCGCGUCCUCGGCUACUCGUCCGGUUUCUUCUACGGCAGAGACAGAUCGUUCGCUGAGCCAAUGUCCCGGCAAAGCCUCCAGAAGCUCUGGCAGAAGUAUAGGGUGGACUUGGCGUUCUACGGCCAUGUCCACAACUACGAGAGGACAUGCCCUGUCUAUGAGGAACAAUGCAUGAGCUCAGAGAAGUCCCACUACUCUGGCAUCAUGAACGGUACCAUCCACGUCGUCGUUGGGGGCGCCGGCAGCCACCUGAGCAACUUCACCAUCCAGGUCCCGGCGUGGAGCGUCUACAGGGAGAUGGACUACGGCUUCGUCAAGCUCACGGCAUUCAACUACUCGUCCCUUCUCUACGAGUACAAACGGUCCAGCGACGGCAAGGUGUACGAUAGCUUCACUAUGCACAGAGAGUACAGGGACGUGUUAGCGUGCGUCAAGGACAGCUGCCCUCCGGCUUUAAAAGCGACAUGA